UUUCUUAAUUAUGUAUUGAAAUCAUAAAAUAAUCCGAUCUUAAAUUAAAUGAUCUAAAGCUAGAAACGCAACAACAACAACAACGCAAGUAUAGAUUACAGUACACUAAACAUCAAUCAACUAGCAGAUGUAGAUUAGAAAUAAAGUUGGGAAAAUAUUGGGUUUUACUUUCAGUGAUCAGUUAUAGAAAACUGUUGCAAGGCCAAAUUAAAUCACUUUAAAACCUAAUACAAGCAGUGAUUUUCCCCCAAAAUUACAGCCUCUUACAGGCAAUUGCAAAGAUCACUGACUGAACUGGAUGUCUGAAGUGGCCCACAAAGAUGCUCCAGGAAGUCAUGGAGUGGAAGAAAGUCUGCCGCACACUGAGGCAAUGUCAAUGGUGCGGAAAGAACUGGCAGACAUCAUACAGGGUGACCCUCUACUAUGUGAUUUACCAGCAGAGAUAACACUUGACGAGAUACAGUCUCAGAUUGCCCUGGAAUACGGACAAGCCAUGGUGGUAAAUGUACGGCGGGCUGACAACCAAGUCAUGGGAAUUGUUGUAACCCAGAAUGCAACUGUGUUAGACCUAAAGCAUGCUAUCAAGAGACAUUUCGUAUUACAACAAAACAGAGCAAAGGGACCUACAAAACUGAGUUGGAAAUAUGUAUGGAAGAGACACUGGCUUUACUUUGAUGGACAGCGACUCACGGAUGACAACAUGAAAAUAAAAGACUACGGAAUCCACAACAAAGACGAGGUGACGUUCAUGAAACGGCUGCAAGAGAGAUGAAGAUUGUAUCCAGCUGAUCUAGUGACGAGACUGUUGAAAUUAGUGCAAUAUUGGCUCGUAUGCCAUUGAUAUCUGAGUCGUACUGUGGAAAAAUGGGCUUAAUGCACGAGUGUCAAGUUUUGUCCCAGAAAGUGUGCAGGCUGCACAGGCUAAUCUGGGACCAAUUUACCCUUAUGCAUUAAGCCCUGUUCGGUUAUACUGGCAUUAACUUGUGAAAUGUAUUGGGGGACACAUUAUGUGUGCUUUUUAAUGGCUUAAACCCUGAGGAAACUUAUUUAAAAACCAUUCCAAAAAAUAACUGUACAUUUUGUUUCUGCAUAUAAAAUAUAUUGACUAAAAACUCAUUUUAUGCUUAAAUGACAACUUAAAUGAAGUAUGUUUAACUGAUGUAAUGUAACCCUAUAUUUAAGGUUUUUAACCAAAUGUAUGUUUGAUGAAACAAUUGUUAACAAUGUAGAACACAUUUUUAUUUGUUUAUUUUUGACGCAAAAAAUCUAUACUAGUUUUUCAAUAAACUGAGUGACACCAAUAAUAUCAACUUUAUAUAAAUAUGUAGACCCGCAAGUGUAAAUAAUUUUUGAACGCUCUGGGAAAAUGGGGCUUAAUGCAUGUGCAUGUACUUUUAACACAAUUAAAGGGUUUUCGUAAAUGAAAGCCAAAAGUGACGUCCCAGAUUAGCCUAAGCUGACUGCACAGGCUAAUAUGGGACGACAGUUUAAGAUUAUUCAAUUAGCCUUAUUGGCCUAAGCUGACUGCACAGGCUAAUAUGGGACGACAGUUUAAGAUUAUUCAAUUAGCCUUAUUGGCCUAAGCUGACUGCACAGGCUAAUAUGGGACGACAGUUUAAGAUUAUUCAAUUAGCCUUAUUUUACCAGAGCAUGACUCAAUUUAAAGAACAACAACAACAACAAUGCAAUACACAUGAAAAUGAAAUCAUGGGUGUCAACAACCGUAUAUGACUAGGCUGAAGAACAGUAAUUUUGUCUGUGGAUACCUCAUCAAAGACACCUCAUGUUUGUAGAAAGGAAGCCAAAAGCCACAAUUCAGAUCAUUUAUAUUCAUUUAGCACCAGAUAUAUAUCUUCAUAUUCAUCAU